GUUGAUAAUUUAACCCUCAUACCAACAUUCAACAUACAUACUUACAUACAUACAAACAUACACGCCUCCCCCUCCCCCUCCCCCUCCCCCUCUUCAACCCAAACAAACCCUCAAUCAAACAUGGCUUCCGACCUUGAUUCUUGUCUCAUUCUUCCCGAUGAUGACCUCCUUAACUUCACCUUAGACGACGCUGACCACAAACCCCUUUCUCCUUAUUCAAACCCUAACACCCUUGACUCCGAUGACUCUUCUUUUCCGGAAUUUGUAGAGGAAGAACUGGAAUGGUUAUCGAACAAAGACGCAUUCCCCGCACUCGACGACAUCUUCACCGACCCGAACAAGUCGGUUACCGUCUCGGUCUCGGUUCUCGACAACAACAGUAGCAGCAGUGGAAAUAGCAAUAGCCAUAGCCACAACAGCAUUACAAGUUGUUGCGGCAGCCUUCGGGUUCCACAUAACUAUCCGGUGCGUAAGCGGUCGAACCGUAGACGCAAACAGCAGCAAUGCUGGUGGUGGAAUCAAGUAAUGGAGGUGCCGACUUCAUUGCCGAAGCAAGCAACAAGCGGUGGGGGCGGGUUAGGGAGGAGGUGCCAGCAUUGCUUGGCGGAGAAAACACCACAAUGGCGGGCGGGUCCAAUGGGGCCGAAGACUUUGUGUAACGCGUGUGGCGUUCGGUAUAAGUCGGGGCGGCUGGUGGCGGAGUACAGGCCGGCGAACAGUCCGACGUUUUCGGUGGCGUUGCAUUCGAAUUCUCAUAGGAAGAUUAUGGAAAUGAGAAAGAAGAUGCAGGGUGGAUAGGUUUAGGGUCUUUUUUGGUUUUCUGGUUAUCAGAAAUAGUUUAGGUGUCAGUCAGGGUCAGCAUUACUUUGAGUUACUACUACUUGAAUUUCAUUUACUUGUAUUGGUUGAUUUAAACAAAACGGUGAAUUGAAUCAUUUGAAUGAGUUAAACCA